CAAGGCGCCGGUUACGCAGAGACGCCACGCGCAACUGCGCGAUGACGUCAUCGGGGCAAAGCGUCAUCGCGACGAGUUGGCGUCAUUCUCCCCACCCCGCCGGCGGCGGCUGCCAUUGCUCUGCGAUUUAAAGGUCCUCGUUUGGCGUCGCUGUUAGACACCACCAAAAACAACGGCACCAAGAGCACGCGAUGCGGGAUAGCGUCGACAAGAUGGACUUCAACAGACUGAUUUCUGAAGCCUCUAAAAACAAAGAGUCCGUCCGCACCGAGAAGAGGUAUAGCCUGGCUGUGGGCCCCCCAAAGAGAGACCCCAAAGUGAAGGGGGUGCAGUCUGCAGCUGUGCAGGCCUUUCUCCGUCGAAGAGAGGAGGACGAACGUAAAAAAGCCGUGGAGGAUGAGAAGCGUAAGGCGGAGCUGCUGGCUAAGCGCAACGAGCUUAAGACCACGCGCAAGGCCCGGGCGAUGGCAUCACGAACCAAGGACAACUUCCAUGGUUACAACGGCAUCCCCGUCAUCGAGAAAGAAAAGCCCACUCGACAGCAGCGGGAAGGGGAGCAGCACCAGAAGAACAAAGAUCGCGAAACGCACUGCGCUAACGACUCGAGUGACAGCGACAGACGCAACGUGCACAUCAAGCACUCAGUGCAGGAAUCGGCCACCACCCCCAUCCCUGCCAAGCGACCGCGAUAUGACUCCGGCGCACCAGCACGGAGCCAGGAACGGGUACCGGGGGGUGCGGAAACGUCCAGGGAUAAGACGAAAAAGGUGGCGAAGGCGCAGUCUAAGGCGGCGCCGUCGUCAUCACUGAGCUUCAUGGAGCUCCUGAAGUUGGCGGAGAAGAAGCAGCAUGAGCCCGUGCCGCUUGUACCGAAGGCGCCGCCUGUCAAGAAGGAGGUCGAUAUCAACGGACUCACACAGCUGGAGGUCCGGCAGCGGGAGUAUCUGGAGACUGUCCUCAAAAAGAGGGAAAAGGGACAGCCUAGUGACAAGAAAGAAACCAAAGAGGACAGCAGGGAUGGCAGGGACGGCAAAGAGGGCAGGGACGGCAAAGAUGGCAGGGAUGGUAGGGACACCAGGGAUGGCAGGGAUGGUAGGGACACCAGGGAUGGUAGGGACGGUAGGGACAUCAGGAACGGUAGGGACAUCAGGAACGGUAGGGACACCAGGGACGGUAGGGACACCAGGGACGGUAGAGACACCAGGGACGGUAGAGACACCAGGGACGGUAGAGACACCAGGGACGGUAGAGACACCAGGGACGGUAGGGACACCAGGGACGGUAGGGACACCAGGGACGGUAGGGACACCAGGGACGGUAGGGACACCAGGGACGGUAGGGACACCAGGGACGGUAGGGACACCAGGGACGGUAGGGACACCAGGGACGGUAGAGACACCAGGGACGGUAGGGACACCAGGGACGACAGGAACGGCAGGGAUGGUAGGGACAGCAGUGGCAGAGAGGGCAGCCGGGGGCAUGCCUCUGCAGGGAAACCUGCACCAGAGGGUAAGGCUGUCGUGCCAGUAAGACUUAAUGGCUCUUCAUCUGCUGGUGCCAAGGUGAGCCGGCCCUCGUCAUCAUCGUCACCAUCGUUGGCAUCAUCAGCAAGCCUUAAAGGGCCCAGCAAACCUGUGAUUGUGAAGCAGACAUCAGAAAAAGAGAGCGGGAUUUUAGGUCUGUCCAAGCAGAGCAAUGAUCAGGAACCGCGUUCCAAGAGCCAACAACUACCCAGAAUUUUGAGUAAACCUCCCCAUGGCAGCAGUAAGCCCGUCAACAAUCCGUCAGCAAGACCGGGUGUUGAGCGCCAGGGAAUAAAGCCGGGAUCCAGUCAUGGACAACCGGGGUCCAGCCAGGGACCACUGAGGCCUGCCCAGGGAACAAUGAGGCCUACCCAGGGACCAACGAGGCCUUCCCAGGGACUACCGAGGCCUGCCCAGGGACCCAGAAAAGCAGACGGUGCGGCUCAGGCACCAAAGCAGGCAGAGCCACGGAAGUUCGAUACUGGGCCCAGGCUGGGAGUGCGGCUAUCUGGGCCCCACGAGGGCUCGGGAGGAGUUGUAGGGAGCCAGCCACGGUGCACCGUGGUGUCGGAGACCGUGUCCACCAGAGACUUGGCGCAGAAGCAGCAGGAGAGAGCGGCUGCGCUGGCGGGCCGGAGCCUCUCGCGGGGGCCACAGCAAGGCGCGACCAUGCCCUCGAGAGGGCCACCGCCAGGAGGGCCGAUGGGCAGGAAGCCUGGGCCACCCAUGGCCUAUCGAGGGCCCCCUCCUGGGAUGGCACCCCCUCAUCGGCGGCGGAUUGAGGAUGACGAGGAGGAGGAGGAAUAUGACUCAGAGAUGGACGACUUCAUCGACGACGAAGACGUGCCUCAGGACGACAUCUCGCGACAUAUCAAGGAGAUCUUUGGCUAUGACCGCAGAAAGUACAAGUAUGAGAGCGACUCCGUACUGCGCUCCAUGGAGACGAGCUGGAAAGAACAGCAGAAGGAGGAGGCGAGAAGCUUGAGGCUGGGAGUCAUGGAAGAUCAGGAAGAUAUCAAGAAGGAGGAGGAGGAAGAGAAGAGGAGGAAAAUGCUUAAAGAUUUGAAAAACAAAAAGUUUAAAUGAAGGACACGAGAAGUUUUGUAAACAAAAGUCCAAAUGCAAAUACUGCCCUUCCAUGCAAAACACGGUACCUGCAAAAUCGUCACGAAGUUUGCCGGGCGCCGUGGUGUUCUCAGGCUUUGGAGGGACGUGUGGCAUGAACCUUCUAUGCAGACUGCAGCAUGAUGCGAUGUGUGGCGAAGCUCACCUUUGUCGAAGCCAUUGACGUGUUGGUUGAGUUUUGUGGGUCGGUGAGUCCUGAUGACGUUACGCACAAGAUGCCCACUUGCCUGCCCAGGGCGUUGAGGUCCCACUAGAAUGCAACUGGAAUAGUUUCCAGUUGGCGCUCUGUACAGCAGUGGAGUUGUAUUCUCUCGUGCACCUGUUUUUUUCCCAGUAAGUCUAGCUUCAUACCAGAUGCAAAAGAGCCCAAAAACUCAAAAGGGUAUUGGGUCUUAUGCCCAAACAGGAUCUCCCUGACAAAUUCUUAACUUGGAGAGGCUUUCCUGCACAAAUAAAUUCGAGCUAGAAUAAACAGAGACUCAAACAAAUCUAAGACUACAUUAGUCGGUGAGCUCAAUAUAUGUUCCUGUUUUUUUUCUUCCUGCAACCAAAAUAACCGUAAAUUCGCCCAAUCUUUCGUGUAAGUAGGGUUGAGCUUGAUUAAUGCGUGGGUGAUCCCUAGGGCCUGCCACGUUGUAGAUUGUGGGGCUGCGUGGGGGCUAGGAGAUGGCAGUGCUUAGUCUCUCCCCCUUGUAUGCUUGGUGGAUUUUCUCCUGGGUAUUCUGGUUUCCUCCCACAUGCCAAACGUUCAUUCAUGGAAUUGGCCAAAUGACCCAAUGCCAUACCCUCCUAAAAAAUAAUACUGAGACUCAUUGAAAUAUUUGGUGGAUAAAUGUCAUCAAAUACAGAGCAAUAAAAGCGUGUCUUGCUUAACGAGCGAGACACCUUCCGAAAAUUGUGGGUGGCCAGCACCACGCCCACUCACCUUUGUCUCCCUCGUGGCGAUGUGUUUACACACUAUCAGGUACUCAUUUGAGGUUGAAUCGACCUAAGGGAGGCCCAGGACCAGUUCAGCUAAUUGUCACUGGUGUUGGCCGUAAGCGCGAGUCAAACUGCUCGCUGGGUUUGUCGCGUCGGCGCGCUUACCGUUACACCGCCACUCCUCUCCCGCCAUCCACCCAUUACAUAGCCACCACGAGGCCCCUUCUCCCCAACACAGAACACAAGGAGCACAGUCCAGCUGAUAAACAAAUAGCUGCGGGCCACGGUGCGUGCGCCCCCUGCCACCAUGUGACGCAUAUUUAUCGAUUGGUCUCUCACUUGAUAAGUGCACAUUUUGCUCGUUUUGCGAACAAAUGGAUCUAAAUUCAAAUUGCUCGUAGCUAAUUUUGAAAGAAAGAACGCUCGUUGAACCAGACACCAUCCCUGCGUGUUCUGGCACACUCCAACUACAUCCUUGUUUCUCAAGCACCCUCAGUAUGGUUAAUCAAGAGUCUAUUAUUAUUCAGUAAUUUAAUUACCUCUAAUGGCAGUGGCAUCGGUUACAUUAAUUCCUAUGUAACAAUCGUGCAUCAGCACGACUCGGACCCAGAUCAGAUAUUUCAUUGGAAGUGGAAAAAUGCAGUUGUGUUAUGAAGGUCUGUAACGUAUAUUAUACUGGGAUGUGUUGGCCAGUGAAUGUUUUUAUUUGUUCUCUUCUGCUGGCCAUGUAAAGAGAUUGGGAGUGAAGUUUCAGUACUUCCAAGUGGUAGAAAUGUUUUAUUUAGUCCCAUGGAUGUUACUGUGAAGUCUGGUUUAUCCUUGGGCGAGGUCAAUGUGUGAUUCAUCUGUGUACAAGUCCCUUAAUCAUCACCUGUUCCAAAUAGAGUUUCAGUUUGUAUCAAACUGGUUAAGUGGUGAAAUCGUCAGUGGAAUAAGCACCACACCCGUGUGUGUCUGUGUGUGAACGUGCUGUGCUGGCAUUGUGACAGCGACGGAUGGUUUGUGGUGUCUGGCAACACGGAUUGCCCGAACCCAACUUCGUGUCAGUCUGGGCAUGUAACGGUUUCUUACAAACAUGCAAGUAAGAAUAUUUAGAUUUUUGUAAAGGAUAUGCAUCUUGAACGUUUCGGCUAGUUUUACAAACGGGACACUAAAAACACGACAGAAGAAACGGGACAAAAUAGUUGUUUCUUGGAUCGCAUUCAUCAUGCCUUUUUGUUUGAGGAUUUUGAAUAGUUACGUUCCAGUCAGUGGAGCUGUGAGAGAGCAGAACCUUGGAGUUUGUGGCAUUAACCCAAACUUACAUGUGGUGAUUUUUCUUUCCCGAAACAAGGAUUGUCACUGCUUUGAACUCGCGAUGUGCUCUCAUUUCCGUAGGAAGUGCUGUUUCUAGCCUAGACAGUUAUUGGGCAGUGAACGAUGUGAUGACCAUUUCCUUUGUCGCUUCCUGUAACUUCACUUCCCGAUGGAAUGAGGCCAUGAUUAUGGUUGAGUUAUCGAAUUAGAAUUUAAGUCAUGUACUUAUCUGAUGGCUGCUGUCAAGGUCUCUGCUUUAUUGCGUCAUCUGCACUUUCAAUGGUAACAACACGGUGCUGCGCAUUUCCGACGGUAGCAACCGAGCUGUGGACUUGAUGAUAAUCACUCAACCAUAAUGUUAUUAAUAUCAACACGUGGACCAGUCUCUAUAAGUGGAGACCGCUGCUGCAUAAGAUGAUCGACCAAGUGCCUAAAGCUCUUUCUGUGUAGGUUUUGCUAUUAUUUAACCCGCUAUCGCCUAAAGCCAAAGCUCUGGAUGUCUUUAGCACGAGCUGCUGUACACAGGGCAUCUCGAUAGUGUCUUAAUUUCAGUAGAACUGCAUAGGCGUGACAGCGACUGACUUGCCUUGCUACCAUAUAGCAUACAUCUAUAGCGAGACUAGCUUGUCUUUAAAGGGUAAUACAGCAAUUUUGUUGCUUAGGGGUUGUGUUUUCCCUUUAUAUGUGUCGAGUUUCUCCGUGCAUUGCUUUUUCUGGGGGGCUUUUUCCUACUGGAAGUAGAAUUACUCAAAAAAAGGAAUUGGCCAAACCAUCUCAAAUUGAGACCCUCUCAAAACGGAGUCUUGAAACUCCGUGUGGCCUUCAAAAUUAAUUAAAACUGCUACAAAAUAAUUUGUAUACCACCACCCCCUUUCUGUUGUGUAAUGGAACUUAUACAAUGCAAUUAUCUUGUCAAGCUGAUGUAAAUAGGAAGCUUCUUUGAUGGGAAGUAGUUUAGAGCCGUGUGUGAUCCCUGAAAGCCACGAUGAACUUGGGCGACACAGAGGGCAAUCGUCACCAGCAAUGGUUGCUAAGCCAGUUUCGGCUUUAGAAGUUUUAGUUCCCCAACUCGGUACCAGUUGUAUUGAACUGUUUCCCCAACUGAGCAACUAGGUUGACAACUUCCAAUCGUAUCACACACAGGCAAGUCACAUGACCGAGGCUGUGUGCUCUGUAAACAAAUUAUUCAUUAAACCCAAUUUGCAACCAACACUUUUCACUGGCUAAACAAGGCUUGCCAGUGCCAAACUAUGUUGCCAUAGUUGCUUGUGUUGGAUGUGGUGCUGGUAGCACUUUUGCUAUUCAUGGCUGUAAUGUCGUGGCCAUCAGGCUUCAACGCAGUAGCAACUUGGACAAGUUCUGGAGUCGUGAGACAAGGAAGGUAAACGAGCAAAAGAUUAUUCUCAAUUGAUAAGAAUUGGUGGAUAUGGCCGGAUUUCCCCCUCUGACACCAAAGACUGCAGUCAUUCGCUGUGUUCACGUACCUAGAAAGGGAAGCUUCUUUUAAGAUUCUACUUUACAAAAAUAAGAGUUGAGUGAUUAUGUUUACUUGAGACAGAGUUAAGUGAUUUACAAAGUAGCAUUAAGUGACUGGUUGGUGCCGUGUGUCCUGGUUUAUUCAAAAGCGCAAGUUCAUGUCCUGGUUUGUGCUCGGCUCAUAAUCAUCUGUUUGGGGCUGAAAACAUUUGUACCACUUUGUUGAAAGUCAAGAGUGGUCAUCCAAGGAAGAGAGUGGGCCCCCAUCCUGGCACUGUGGAAUUUCCACCAAUGUCUCCGAGCCCCCGAGUGGAGAUGAGCACUACCGUCUGCUUAGUUGAGCAGGCAAAUGCGUUGAGUCUUUGACUUAAGAUGAUGCAAUGAGAUGUGCUUUGUGCUGUGAUGGAUGAUUAGAAAUAAUCUGCCAGCCAGUCGUGUCCCCAUCUAAAAAGUGACAUUGUGUUGGGGUGAGUGGGUGCAAUGCUUGCAAUGCUAUGCUGCUUGAAAUAAAUGCAUAUGCCGCCACAUUUAUUUAUUUUAUCGUAAAACGAAAGAGUAAAUAUAUUGUACAGUA